CAAGUGAUAUAACACAUUACACUUAAAUCCCUCAAAAACCCUCUUUGGGAUUCUCUCUGUAAUCAGUUUCUGUUCUUCAUCAGAAAUGGCUGGAAUUGUGGUGAUUUUCGAUUUCGACAAGACCAUUAUCGACUGCGAUAGCGAUAAUUGGGUGUUGGAUGAAUUGGGUUUCACCCAAUUGUUCAAUGAGCUUUUGCCUACAAUGCCUUGGAACUCUCUCAUGGAUAGGAUGAUGCAAGAGCUUCACUCUCAGGGUAUAACGAUUCAACAGAUUGAGGAGGUUCUGAAACGGGCUCCAAUCCAUCCUCGGGUCAUUGCAGCCAUUAAAUCUGCACACUCUCUUGGGUGUGAAUUGAGGAUUGUAAGCGAUGCGAAUCUCUUCUUCAUCGAGACUAUCUUGAAACAUCUUGGGCUGAUGGAUUACUUCUCAGAGAUUAACACAAACCCAGGUUUUGUUGAUGAAGAAGGAAGGCUCAGGAUCCUUCCUUACCAUGAUUUCACCUCCUCUUCUCCUGGCUGCAAUCUCUGCCCCCCUAACAUGUGCAAGGGUCUGGUGAUGGAGAGGAUACAAGCUUCUCAAUUUGCAGAGGGGAAGAAACGAUUCAUUUACCUUGGAGAUGGAAAGGGUGAUUACUGCCCAAGUCUGAAGCUUGGCGAAGGAGACAGAGUAAUGCCAAGGAAGAACUUUCCAGUCUGGGAGCUGAUUUGCAGUAACCCCUUGCUUAUGAAGGCAGAGGUUCAUGAAUGGAGUGAUGGAGAGGAUCUUGAAAGGGUACUUCUGCACUUGAUCAACAUGAUCAUCAUAGAGGAAAGCAGCAAUAUUAGCUCGGCUCAGUUGAUUCCGGGUGAUUGCAAGCUUGAGAUCAUACCGAUCUCUACCCAUGAAGCCUUUCCCAAAGUUCUCCAAGUUCCUCUCUAGUCUUCUCAUUAGCCAAAUUAGCUAAUUGAAAGUUGGUCUAUAAGCCUUGCCAACAUAUAUAUUUUCCCUUUUUAUGGG